AUGAUGUACAGCUUCAUGGGAGGGGGCCUAUUUUGUGCCAUCGUGGGGAACAUCCUGUUGGUGGUCUCCACAGCCACAGACUACUGGAUGCAGUAUCGUCUGUCUGGCAGCUUUGCCCAUCAGGGCCUGUGGAGGUACUGCAUGUCUGGCAAGUGCUACAUGCAGACUGACAGCAUUGCUUACUGGAAUGCCACUCGUGCUUUCAUGAUCCUCUCCGCCAUGUCAUGCUUUGCUGGUAUUAUCGCAGGAAUCCUCUCCUUUGCCCACUUCUCGGCUUUCGAGAGGUUCAACCGCUCCUUUGCUGCUGGGAUCAUGUUCUUUGUUUCAACUCUCUUCGUUCUGCUUGCAAUGGCCAUUUACACCGGGGUGACAGUGAACUUCCUGGGCAAGCGCUUUGGUGACUGGCGCUUCUCUUGGUCCUACAUACUAGGCUGGGUGGCCCUGCUCAUGACCUUCUUUGCAGGUAUAUUCUACAUGUGUGCCUACAGAAUGCAUGAGUGCAGAAGAGUGGCUGGCCCACGUUAAAAUGAACAAGAAAUGAUGUCACGUGGGUGUAAAGGAUAUGACUUCCUGUACAAAAAUAUAGAAUUUACCAUAAAAUAAUAAAAUUUGGAAUUUGCAUAUGCAC